AUGGAAGAGAAAGAAGCGUUUUCCUGCGGCGUCUACUUAGUCAUGGACUCGGGGAAAGCACCAUGGAACUCCGCCCUUGCGGAAAGAUUAGUGGGUGAAAAAUUCAAGGACAACGGCUGAACGCGGAACGACUAUUUCGAGAACGAAUUUCCCUUCGGGCGGGAGGGACCGUUUCGCCGCGGGACGCUUUCUGUCUGCGUGAGUGGAACGAUUGCUUUUUCUUGUUUGAUGAUGAAAACACGGGAUGAACGUUCUUUGUUGGAGACCUUUUUCCUUUGACGACUUUUUCCCUGUGCUUUCCUCGGUGUUUAAGAGAGAGCAUGAUCAUGAUUCACAGAGAAUUGGAACGUACACUGAAAUACAGGCAACGUAUGUUUUAAAGAAUUAAAAAUCCGCGUUUAUCUGAUCGAAACGUUUGCUAAUUUAUACCGUGUCAUGUGUCUAAAAUCGAGAUUCCCUAUAAGCGUCAGCAUGUUUCUACGUGAUGAUUUUCAAAUGUUGCGUUCGAGUCGAGUGCGCGCAUGCGCAUUGCACGUCUGACAUACGUGAGUCUAAUGCGCAUGCGCCGCCUGUCGUUCAUACGAAAUUGACGUCUCUUAAUUCAGGGAGAAUUCCCACCGAAUCUAUGUGGACGAUUUUUAGGUUAGAAUUUCCACAUUAAAAAUUACACGGAUUCAUUACGAAUAUAUAAAUAGAGAUCUCUUCUAAUUAAAGUAAUAAAACCUUUAAAAUUUCCAUUACGUGUAUAAGAAUGAAGCAUAACAGAGUAGGUAUAUUUUCUUAUAUUUUAAGUGACAACUACUUCCAUAAACAAAUUCUAUCCAUAAGUAAAUUUCUUUUCAUCUUGUUGAACCACUCCACAACUGAUCUUGAAGCGGUAACAUUUUAUGGUUAACUAUCACAUGGCGUGGAACAGAAAACGAAAGAAAGGCACGACCGCCGGUUUUUCUUCGGUAAAUGCAAUAUAUUUUCCGCGACAGGAAAGUCGGUGCCACUGAAAAAUAUUAGACGCCAUUUCUGCCCGGAGGCGACCGAUCGAAAAAUCGAUAGGAAUCAGGCCGCGUCAAAGGAAUAACUAUCGAGACUCGAGGAUAUUACGAUAUACAAAGAAAAAAAAAAAAAAAGAGAAAGUAUACGCCUCUUUUUUUUUCCUUUAAAGUUCAUUUGCAUUUAUUAUCAUAUCGAGAGAUCCUUGGUCGUUUCCUUUCGUACAUAUUUUAAAAGGACUGUUGGCAAAUUAUACAUAAAUAAAAAUGCAACACAGAUAAGUGUAUUUUUUAAUGUACUACUACUUUUUAAUGUAUCUACUAUUCUAAAAUCAAUUUUCUCAAACUUCUGUUUUUAAUUUAAGACGUUUAUAAAUUUUACUUAGUACUACAAGUUAAGUUAACUUUAAUUAAUAACAAAUUCUUUAUAAAAAAAAAAAUGAAAUAUACCAUUAAACAGCAAGAUAGAUAAACAGUGCGUUAAAACGAAAUCCAAAUUAAAUUAAAAAUAACUAAUUUCAAAGGUUCUUUGCCGAUGAAACAAGCAACGCAAGCUCAAUGCAAAGUUUCCUGGGGGCAAUGGCUCCAUGGUUCACUUACUUUAAAGUUCUCUACGCCCUCGCCAACUUGCUCGAUGUCACCUGCGCACUCGGAUCCCAUAAUGAAAGGAGUUUUUGGUGGGGAAUCGAUAGCACCCUGUCUCGCCAUCAGAUCUUGGAAAUUUAGUCCGCUGAAAAGACACACGAAUGCUUUUUAGAGAGAGAGAGAGAGAGAGAGAGAAAAAAAAAGAAACUGGUACACACAGUGUUAAAGGUAAAAUUUGAGGAUUAUAAAAUUAACAUGAUGACUGGAUUGAUUUCGUAAAAUACUUUAUGAAUUUAUACUUAUGAAUUUUAUAGAGGGAAAGAUAAAUAUCUCCAACAGAAGAGGAGUGCUGUCAUAUAAUAUUACUUAUGCGGUUCUUUUCUAUUUUUCUAAUUAUCCGUGAAUACUUAAAAUUAAAGAUUUAAAUUGUAUCAGGAAUUUUCCUCAGGAGUCUGA